UGCCGAGCCGCCGCCGCCGCCGCCGCCGCCGCCGCCGCCUCCGCCCGGCCGCCGGCCUCCUCCGCCAGCGCACACCGAGCUCCGCGCGGGCCGCGGCCUCGCGUUCCUCCCGCCGGCCCGCGUCCGGCGCGGCCGCCGCCGCCUUCCCGCCUUCCCGCCUCCCGCCCGGCGGCCAUGGGCACCGACAGCCGCGCGGCCGGGGCGCUCCUGGCGCGCGCCCGCACGCUGCACCUGCAGACCGGGAACCUGCUCAACUGGGGCCGCCUGCGCAAGAAGUGCCCGUCCACGCACAGCGAGGAGCUUCGAGAUUGUAUCCAAAAGACCUUGAAUGAGUGGAGUUCCCAAAUCAGCCCAGAGCUGGUCAGGGAGUUUCCGGACGUCCUGGAAUGCACUGUAUCUCAUGCAGUAGAAAAGAUAAACCCUGAUGAAAGAGAAGAAAUGAAAGUUUCCGCAAAGCUGUUCAUUGUGGGAUCAAACUCCUCGUCUUCAACCAGAAAUGCAGUUGACAUGGCUUGCUCAGUCCUUGGAGUCGCACAGCUGGAUUCCGUUAUUAUUGCCUCGCCCCCUAUUGAAGAUGGAGUCAAUCUGUCCUUGGAGCAUUUACAGCCUUACUGGGAGGAACUAGAAAACCUGGUUCAAAGCAAGAAAAUUGUUGCUAUAGGAACCUCUGAUCUGGACAAAACACAGUUGGAGCAGCUGUAUCAGUGGGCACAGGUAAAACCAAAUAGUAACCAAGUUAACCUUGCCUCCUGCUGUGUGAUGCCACCUGACUUGACUGCAUUUGCCAAACAGUUUGACAUUCAGCUCUUGACGCACAAUGAUCCCAAAGAACUGCUUUCCGAGGCGACGUUCCAGGAAGCCCUUCGGGAGAGCAUCCCUGACAUCCAGGCGCAGGAGUGGGUGCCACUGUGGCUGCUACGCUACUCUGUCAUCGUCAAGAGCAGAGGCAUCAUCAAAUCCAAGGGGUACAUUCUGCAGGCCAAGCGCAGGGGCUCCUGACUGCAGCGUACCUCCUCGGUGAGAGCGGACCAUGCUGUGCACGUCCAGCUCUGGUACCCAGGUGCCCCAGGCUCAGUCUCCAGUUCUAGUGCGUUUCCAUCAAGGUCUGAACACUGGCCUUGCCUCCGUCAGUCCACUCACGUGAACCAUACCUUUGUUUUCUAAUUGAAAUUGUCUAUAAAGAAAAUACUUGCAGUAUAUUUCCUUUAUUUUUAUGAGUAAUAGAAAUCAAGAAAACUUGUUAGAUAUAUUUUGGCUUAGAUAUCAGGGUAAUGUAUAUACAUAUUUUUUAUUUCCAAAAUUCAUUAAUUGCUUCCUACUCUAUUGUAUAACUAAACAAUUUAAUUACAGUCAUUAAAACAAAUACUGGAAGAUAUUUUUUCUGUCACUGAUGAAAUAAUUAUAUCAGAAUAACUGGAGCAGCUGGGAUCUAUGAGUAAGCUAAAUAAAAUUAAUUCUUCAAUGUGAGUGGAAACAUAAAUUUUCGUGUGUCCUUGCCUGCAGUUCAGCUGUGAUGGUUUAACCAUGUAUUGUGCCAUAUUUUCUCUUUCCAUUAUUUCUAAAGACAAACCAAAGUAAACUUGAAAAAGGGUCUAGAAGCUUUGAAUGACUGUGUUAGGGUCUGUAAAAGCAGCUACUUUUGUCUUUCUAAUUCUUUUAACCUUUCCUUCAGGAAAAUGUCCAGUUGCACGCAGGUCACGUGAUCAGCACUGUGGGCUCUGUGGAGAGGGGACACAGAGCCAGUUGAGUAAAACAUAAUGUUUGUUCCCCAUUAAUAACUGACUUGGAGACACUAAAGCCAGAAGAGGCUGGGAGACCUUUGAUGGUUCAGAGCCGGCACUGUCUGUUUAGACAAAGUGUUUGAGAUGUGGUCUUUAACUUGCUUUAUUUUAUUUGGUGCUGGGGAUUGAAUCCAGGGCCUUGUUCAUAGUAGGCAUGCUGUCUACCACUGAGCUGCCCCUGCCUUGUCUUACCUGUUUUAGAGCAGAACUUUGAAGCUAGAAGAGAAAGAGGUCUUCAGCUGUGACCAAUGUAUACUGAGGGUCUCCUUAAUUCUGCAGGUUAAUACCUGUGACACAAAUGUUUGAAAGCUUCUCUUAAAAACCUCUUGUAUCUCAACAUUUUCAAACCACAGACCUAUAUAAAACUAAUUUUGCUCAAAUUUUCUCAACUCUGGGAAAAGAACUGUGGUUCCAUAUUCAAAGUAGAUUUUGCCUAACUAAAGCUUUGUGGGUUGGAUAAUUUGGUCUUCAGAACUGUGAAAUCAGCUGGUUUACCUUCUAAAACUUGUUAGAUCGUGAGUGUCUGGAAGCCUUCUAGCCUGUGUGUUCAUUGUUUGUAGUGUUGUUAAAUGUGUCAGUAACUCUUUAAUUUUACACACAUAUGAAAAAUACACAUUUUUUCAUAUAACAUAAGUCUUCAAAUGCUACUGUACCCUGAGUCUGUGUACUGAACUGGCUGGGCUAUUUUAAAGGGGUCUUUCACAUCACAUUUGUUUAAACCCCAGUACUUAAAACUGGGUCGUUUGAAAAUAAAAAACAUUGGUUACCA